CUCUCCUGUCUCAUGCAAUAGUUUUCUCCUGUAUUACGUCCAUGGUCUCACUCAUUUCCUACGGUAGCAGUGGGUAUAAAAAGCCCUGUUCAUCUGAGAUAUAAGAAGCACACUAUGAGAGGAGUUUACUGGAGCAGGAUUUUCCCUGACAAUGGAAUUGAAGAAUGCUACUGAUGUCUCACUGUUCACUCUUUCUGGAUUACAGGAUGAAACAAAGGAAAGAAAGUAUGUUCUGUUUUCUGUGACUCUGUUUUGUUAUUUUCUUAUUAUGCUCAUCAAUAUGACACUAAUUGUCACUAUCCUCCAAGAGAAAUCUUUACACGAACCUAUGUACAUUUUCCUGUGUAAUUUGUGUAUUAAUGGGCUGUAUGGAACUGCAGGAUUCUACCCUAAAUUCUUGUAUGACCUACUCUCCGAAUAUCAUCUGAUCUCAUACACUGGGUGUUUCCUUCAAGUGUUUGUGAUCUACCUCUCUGUUACAUGUGAUUUUUCCAUUUUGACAGUAAUGGCUUAUGACAGAUAUGUUGCCAUAUGCAAACCGCUGGAGUAUAAUGCUAUCAUGACCUGGCAGACUAUUGGUAAAUUAAUUGUGAUUUGUUGGUUUCCUCCUUUUGUCUGUGAAUGCUUAGUGGUUUCUAUGAGUAACAGAUUAACCUUAUGUGGGUCAAAGAUAGAUAAACUCUACUGUGAGAACUGGUCCAUUGUUAGACUUUCUUGUUAUUCAACGACACUGAACAAUGUGAUUGGGUAUGUCAUAAUAUUGACAUAUUUGGGUCAUGUUUUUUUUAUCUUUAUUUCUUACAUUGAACUGAUGAAGACCUGUUUAAAGUCUGCAGCAGGCAGACGUAAAUUCAUGCAGACAUGUUUGCCACAUUUGUUUUCAUUGAUUAAUGUGACAGUUGCUUUGUUAUUUGAUCUGAUGUACAGUCGAUAUGGUUCGAGAGAUAUGCCACAGGGUCUACGGAAUUUAAUGGCAUUGGAAUUUCUGGUUAUCCCUCCCAUUCUCAAUCCUCUAAUUUAUGGAAUACAGCUGACUAAAGUUCGGGAGGCAGUGUUAAGACGAUAUACAAAACGCAAUAGGAUAAUUGUUCAGUAA